AGAUGAGCAAUAUGGCAACAAAUCACACUGCAGCACUUUACAGCCUUGUAGACCCAUUGAUUGAUUGAUUGAUUGAUUGGUUGAUUGAUACAACACAGUAGAUACUCAUAUGAUGCAUAACUGUUGCACUCUCUGGAAGUCAUGGCUUUCUCUCUUCCCCCCCCCCAUUUGAAUAAUAGCACACAGUAUGUGUGUCAAUAAGGCAAAAACUCAAAGCAUUUUGAUUUGCAGAAUGUUUUAUAGAAAUGUAUAUUUGUGAAAUGCAGUGAACACAUUUUAUACGUAAUUGUUUCCCUAUCUAUGGAAAUAUCUUCCUGUUUUUUACUUUGACCUCUUUUGUUAUACAGUACCAGUCAAAAGUUUGGACACACCUUCUCAUUCAAUGGUUUUUCUUUAUUUUUCUUUAUUUUCUACAUUGUAGGCAUACUGUACGGUUUCCAGUGAUAUGCACUUUUUAAUAUGUUGUUGAAAUUGGUUUUUACAUCCUGACAGCAAUAAAUAACUUAUGGGCAAUGAAAAAGAAGCGAAACAAAAACGAAUUCUGUAUCGGCUAUAAACCUGUUAAAAUGCUUACCAAUCGGAGACAUUGUACCCGAAUCUAAAGAACCAAUCACAAGCCUGCGCGUUCUCUCCCCUCUGUGUACGAGCCUGAGCCGGCCUGAGCGCGUUCACGGAGGGCAAAGAAAGCGUUGUUGUCAUAGUAGUUCAUGACAGUGGACUAGACCUAGUGAGCCUACAACGUCAACACGAUGGAAGACAAACAGAAGUUACCACUGCCACCGUUACUUGCCCCGGUUCAUCCUUUUAAAAAGGCAAGAAAAAGAAAGACCGAAAAUGAAAAGGCAGCAACAAUAAAAAAGUUGGAGAGAGCUCGAGGAAAAACGAGGAUAAAUAUUGGAUUCGCUUUUCAGCGAUGGCGAAAGCUGAGGGAGUGGUUUGGCCUGAAAAGUGACGCAAUGGUUGCCGGUUUUCUCUUGGACAGAGCUGAUGACUUCUCAGUAGCUGGAGUUCAGGAAUUAGACGUCAGCAGUCCUGACGAGACAGCUCUUGAGGAAUUGGAUGCAAGUAUGUCAUCCCUGGACCUGACCGCUGAUGUUGAUGCUGAUGCGUAUAACGACAUUCAUUCUUACCGUACACUGCAGUAGAAUAUGGCAAAUUGCAACAGCUUAAAAAGGCCAGCUCGAAAGAAGGGAAACACUUCCAUCACAGUCAAGACAGGCAAACGUUGCCCUCAGAAGCAAAGAGAUUCAAGGGAAAGAUCUCGAGUGAACAUUGGAUUGGCAUUUGAAAAGUGGCGUGCACUGAAAGCAGAGAAAGGAUUGAAAACUGAUGCAGAGGUGGCCCUGAAUCUGCUGGAUAAAAAGAAGAGGAUGGCCUCCAGGCCAGAUUCCUCUAGCGCCGGUGACAAAAAGAUGAAAUUCUCCCAAUCGGAAGUGCAGACGCUGAUCGAGCAGGAGAUUCAAACCGCAGUGAAAGAGAAGGAAACCAAGCUGCAGGGUUUAAUAGAAACCAUUCAACAGCUGGACCGUUCUGUCGACUAUGAAAGCUCCAUCCAAAAACUGGAGGCUCGAAUUAACACGGUAACCAAGAGAGCCGAAGACGCCAUUACCUUCAUGACAAAGAGACAGAAAAAGAGCCCACCGCCUUCUCUUGUUAAUGUCAAGAUCAUGAGGUCAGACUCUGAAGAGGAAACCAUGGAAACCGUGUCACAGGCUGACAAAAAGGACACGGACCGCACGGAGAAGAGCGGAGUGUUCUCUAAAAUGAUGGAGAACACAAAAAAGGCACUAAAGAAGAUGCAUGAUGAUAAUGAAGCUUUGAAGGAUGCCAUAGCAGAUUUAGGUGAGGGGCUGCCUCCUCCGGUUCUUACCCCUUAUGGUUCUCCUGAGGGAAAGGGACUUGUCGGUGUCUCAAAGGAAGAACCAGAAGUGAAGCCGGAAAUACAGAACAGUGUUAAGGAGCCCAAACAGUGUGAGGAACCAAAGUCUGCGAAGUUGGAAGUAGAUUCUCUCCCUUUUCGCGAGAGCAGCAGUCCCAAGCACACCGACUCGGAGCAGGACAAGCUCCUGUAUCCGCCUCUUCCCUCCAAGAGCUUCCCCUCCAUCCUGAACAUGGAGGCGGCCUCGUACAACAUCCCCCAGAGACCACAAGUACGUCUGGCUCUCAUCAGGAACCCCGCGGGCCUCUCUGUGCUCUGGAACGUGGAAGAGGAAGACCCCUCAGGGCCGCCCAUGGGUACUUACAGCGUCUUCAUGACCGUGGAGAAGGUAAAGGGGAGCGACGUCUUCCCUGAUUGGACCGUUGCCGAGGUGGCGGCCAAAACUCUGCCCAUGUGUUUGAUGAUCAGCAAGUACAAGCCCGGCCGCAAGGUGUGCGUCGCUGUGGUGGGCAAAGACAAGUUCGAGCGGUACGGACCUUACAGUAAAGUAGUGACCGCGUCUUUACCCGAGUAGUUGGGAGGAGGAGAUUUGGUCAAAGGAAGAGACGACACAAGAGACUUACUUCAAGAAGGAUUUACCCACUUUUACAAUAAGUAUUGUUAUUUAAGUGCCUUGAGGUUGAUAAAACGGAAAGCGGCGGGAGGACACUGUUUUUGAUUUGGUCACAAUUUUCUGUUUUAUGAAACUUCCAGAAAAUGAUUACAGUUCCAACAGAAAUAACCAUGUUUAAGGAAUUUCGUUCUCUGUUUGACUGUCUGGCACUUAUGCAGACGUCGGUUAAACAAUGAAUUAACGGUUUACUGUGAGUCGAAAAGUUUUACUCAUGUAUAAAUGUUUAGCUGUUUUACGAGCCAUUAAAGUGUUUAAAUGUAUGUUCUGUAUGAUUUUUUUAUUUUUGUUGUUUUCAAAGUAAAAAUCUCAAACAUUACAUAAU